GCCGCCGCAGGAGGCAGGGGAACCGACUGGCGAUCUGUGGCGGCGGCUGGGCGGCGGUGGCAGUUCGCGGCGAGGGCGACGGCUCCGAGGCCGAGUGGCCGUCCGGCGGCGACCUGGACGCCGUCCCCCGCAUGACCUCAUCGUGAUCAGCCUUUGUACCUUUUCCGAAUUCAAAGAUGGUGAAGCUAGAUAUCCACACUCUGGCCCACCACCUCAAACAGGAGCGCUUGUACGUGAGCUCUGAGAAACAGCUCAUUCAGAGGCUAAACGCAGAUGUGCUGAAGACAGCUGAAAAGCUGUAUCGAACGGCAUGGAUUGCAAAGCAACAGAGGAUUAAUUUGGAUCGGCUUAUUAUAACCAGUGCUGAAGCUUCCCCUGCUGAGUGUUGCCAGCAUGCCAAGAUUUUGGAAGAUACACAGUUUGUUGAUGGAUAUAAGCAACUGGGAUUUCAGGAAACAGCCUAUGGGGAAUUCUUGAGUCGGUUAAGAGAAAAUCCUCGUCUUAUUGCCUCCUCUUUGGUUGCUGGAGAGAAACUGAAUCAGGAGAGCACCCAGAGCGUCAUCCACACAGUGUUUACCUCCUUGUAUGGCAACUGUAUUAUGCAGGAAGAUGAGAGCUACCUCCUUCAGGUGUUACGAUACCUGAUUGAAUUUGAACUGAAGGAAAGUGACAACCCCAGGCGGCUUUUGAGGAGAGGAACUUGUGCCUUCAGCAUCUUAUUUAAACUCUUUUCUGAAGGACUGUUUUCUGCCAAACUUUUCCUUACAGCUACUUUACAUGAGCCUAUCAUGCAGCUCCUUGUGGAAGAUGAAGACCAUCUGGAAACAGACCCCAACAAGCUAACGGAGAGAUUCUCCCCAGCUCAGCAGGAAAAACUCUUUGGAGAGAAAGGCUCAGACAGAUUCAGGCAAAAGGUUCAAGAAAUGGUAGAUUCCAAUGAGGCCAAACUGGUGGCUUUGGUGAACAAAUUUAUUGGUUAUCUCAAACAGAACACGUACUGCUUUCCGCAUAGUCUGAGGUGGAUUGUGUCACAGAUGUACAAAACUCUGUCUUGUGUGGACAGACUGGAGGUUGGGGAGGUCAGAGCCAUGUGCACCGACCUUCUGUUGGCUUGCUUCAUUUGUCCUGCAGUUGUCAACCCAGAGCAGUAUGGAAUAAUAUCUGAUGCUCCUAUCAAUGAGGUGGCCAGAUUUAACCUGAUGCAGGUUGGCCGCCUUUUGCAACAGUUAGCAAUGACUGGCACUGAAGAAGGAGAUCCCCGGACCAAAAAUAGCCUUGGAAAAUUUGACAAAGGCUGUGUUGCUGCUUUCCUUGAUGUUGUUAUUGGGGGCCGGGCCGUGGAGACUCCACCAAUGUCCUCCGUCAAUCUUCUGGAAGGCUUGAGCAGAACUGUGGUGUAUAUAAGUUACAGUCAGCUUAUUACUCUGGUGAACUUCAUGAAGAGUGUAAUGUCUGGAGAUGAACUGAAAGAAGAUAGAAUGGCUCUUGACAAUUUGUUGGCAAACCUGCCUCAGGCCAAGCCAGGGAAGAGCAGCAGUCUAGACAUGACUCCCUACAGCACUCCUCAGAUGUCUCCAGCAACCACUCCAGCCAAUAAAAAGAAUCGAUUACCUAUAGGACAACAGUUAGCAGCCAUCACUGCCUGGGAUUCCUCAGCCACCAAUCUUACUGCUCAUAUUCCUCUAGUAACCCCAUUUGCAACUCGGAGCAGAAGCCGAAGUAAUAUGCUAAUGGACUUACAUAUGGACCAUGAAGGAUCAUCUCAAGAAACCAUCCAGGAGGUACAACCAGAAGAGGUGCUGGUCAUUUCCUUAGGGACAGGUCCCCAACUUACUCCAGGGAUGAUGUCAGAAAAUGAGGUCCUAAACAUGCAGCUCUCAGAUGGAGGACAAGGAGAUGUCCCUGUUGAUGAAAACAAACUCCACGGUAAACCUGACAAAACCUUGCGCUUUUCCCUCUGCAGUGAUAAUCUGGAAGGCAUAUCUGAAGGUCCUUCUAAUCGCUCCAAUUCAGUGUCUUCUCUUGACCUGGAAGGAGAGUCUGUAUCUGAGCUUGGGGCAGGGCCUUCUGGGAGUAAUGGAGUCGAAGCACUACAGCUGCUAGAACACGAGCAAGCUACAACCCAAGAUAAUCUUGAUGAUAAGCUGAGGAAGUUUGAGAUUCGUGACAUGAUGGGACUAACAGAUGAUAGGGACAUAUCAGAGACAGUGAGUGAGACCUGGAGCACCGAUGUCCUGGGAAGUGACUUUGACCCAAAUGUUGAUGAAGAUCGUUUGCAAGAGAUUGCAGGUGCAGCAGCAGAGAACGUGUUAGGCAGUUUGCUGUGCCUCCCAGGUUCAGGGUCAGUUCUCCUUGACCCUUGCACUGGCUCUACCAUAUCAGAGACCACAAGUGAAGCUUGGAGCGUAGAGGUAUUGCCAAGUGACUCAGAGGCUCCAGACUUAAAACAGGAGGAGCGUCUCCAGGAGCUGGAGAGCUGUUCUGGACUGGGCAGCACGUCUGAUGAUACGGAUGUCAGGGAGGUCAGUUCCCGCCCCAGCACACCAGGCCUCAGUGUUGUGUCCGGUAUAAGUGCUACAUCAGAGGAUAUUCCCAAUAAGAUUGAAGACCUGAGAUCUGAGUGCAGCUCUGAUUUUGGGGGUAAAGAUUCUGUAACUAGUCCAGACAUGGAUGACAUAGCCCAUGGCCCCCACCAGCUGACCUCUCCUCCCUCUCAGUCAGAGUCUCUGCUUGCCAUGUUUGAUCCUCUGGCUUCACAUGAUGGGGCCUCUGCUGUGGUAAGGCCGAAGGUUCACUAUGCCCGGCCCUCGCAUCCGCCCCCGGAUCCUCCAAUCUUGGAAGGAGCAGUGGGAGGAAAUGAGGCCAGGCUGCCCAGCUUUGGUUCUCACGUCUUAACUGCAGCUGAAAUGGAGGCAUUCAGACAGAGGCACUCUUACCCCGAGAGACUGGUUCGCAGCCGGAGCUCUGACAUAGUGUCUUCUGUCCGGCGGCCCAUGAGCGACCCCAGCUGGAACCGCCGUCCAGGAAAUGAUGAGCUCCCUCCAGCGGCUGCCAGCGGUGCUACUUCUUUGGUGGCCGCGCCUCACUCGUCAUCUUCUUCCCCGAGUAAGGACUCUUCAAGAGGAGAGGCUGAAGAGCGCAAGGACAGCGACGAUGAGAGGUCAGACAGGAGCAGGCCUUGGUGGAGAAAGCGCUUCGUGUCCGCUAUGCCUAAAGCUCCUAUACCAUUUAGAAAGAAAGAAAAACAAGAAAAAGACAAAGAUGAUCUGGGGCCUGACAGAUUCUCAACACUCACAGACGAGCCCAGCCCUAGGCUCAGUGCACAGGCUCAGGUUGCUGAAGAUAUCCUGGACAAAUACCGGAAUGCCAUUAAACGGAGCAGCCCCAGUGAAGGAGCGAUGGCAAAUGAGGAGAGUGCAGAGGUCAUGGGUGACGGUGAAAGUGCUCAUGACUCCCCUCGUGAUGAAGCCCUGCAGAACAUCUCAGCUGACGAUCUCCCAGACUCUGCCAGCCAAGCAGCCCACCCUCAGGAUUCUGCUUUCUCUUACAGAGAUGUGAAGAAGAAGCUGAGGCUUGCACUUUGCUCUGCGGACUCGGUGGCCUUCCCAGUGCUGACCCAUUCAACGAGGAACGGAUUGCCGGACCACACAGACCCAGAAGACAAUGAAAUUGUAUGCUUCUUAAAAGUUCAAAUAGCUGAAGCAAUUAAUUUACAAGAUAAGAACUUAAUGGCUCAACUUCAAGAAACCAUGCGUUGUGUGUGCCGCUUUGACAACAGGACUUGCAGGAAGCUGCUGGCAUCCAUUGCUGAAGACUACAGGAAAAGAGCCCCAUAUAUUGCUUAUCUCACUCGCUGUCGACAAGGACUGCAGACCACACAGGCGCACCUGGAAAGGCUCUUGCAAAGAGUUUUGCGGGACAAAGAAGUAGCCAAUCGGUACUUUACCACCGUCUGCGUGCGGUUACUGCUUGAGAGCAAAGAAAAGAAGAUCAGGGAGUUCAUUCAAGACUUUCAGAAACUUACUGCUGCUGACGACAAAACAGCUCAAGUGGAGGAUUUUCUGCAGUUCCUGUACGGCGCCAUGGCUCAGGACGUCAUCUGGCAAAACGCCAGUGAGGAGCAGCUGCAGGAUGCCCAGCUGGCCAUCGAGCGGAGUGUGAUGAAUCGGAUCUUCAAGCUUGCUUUCUACCCUAACCAGGACGGAGACAUACUCCGAGACCAGGUUCUGCAUGAACAUAUCCAGAGAUUAUCUAAAGUAGUGACGGCAAACCACAGAGCUCUGCAGAUACCAGAGGUUUAUCUUCGUGAGGCCCCAUGGCCAUCUGCACAGUCAGAAAUCAGGACAAUAAGUGCUUACAAAACUCCCCGGGACAAAGUGCAGUGCAUCCUGAGAAUGUGCUCCACCAUCAUGAACCUCCUGAGCCUGGCCAACGAGGACUCUGUCCCUGGGGCCGAUGACUUUGUUCCUGUGUUGGUGUUUGUGCUGAUAAAGGCAAACCCCCCCUGCCUGCUGUCAACCGUGCAGUACAUCAGCAGCUUCUACGCCAGCUGUCUGUCUGGAGAGGAGUCCUACUGGUGGAUGCAGUUCACAGCAGCAGUGGAGUUCAUUAAAACCAUUGACGACAGGAAGUGACCGGGACCAGGCCCACCAAGGCAUCAGACCGUAGCCGGAAGACAGCGUAGCAGCUACUUUGAGAGCUGAAGAUUGUUUUGUCUAAUAUGUACAGCUUCCAGACGUUUCCACGUGGCUCUUCCUAAGCAGAUUAACAAGCUAACACGCUGGUUCUCUUUCCUUUCAGCCUUUCUGAGUUGCAUAUUUUACUUCUUGUCCCCAAAUAGAGAGUAGUACUGCAAAAGGGACCAUGUUUUUCCAGGUGUUUUAAAAUAUUAAAAAACAGAACAGAA